GAGGAAUGAUGGCCCUGGAUGUAUUUUCAUUUGAUCCUAUUGGACAUUGGUCGUGUCUAGAACACGCCGCCUUCAGCCGCAGCUGCGCAACCAGACUCACCCAAGGCUUAUUGGGGCUUGGCGACAUCUCAGAUAUGACCAGACUGAGUUCUGCUGGCAACGUCCAACCAUUACAUCUCAAUUCUUGAUGGUUUCCUUGCUAAAAUCAACAGACAGCUGCCACCAGUCAACAUGCAAGGCCUCAGUGUUAAUUGCUCUGAAUGGACAGAGCUGAAUGAUUUCAGCGGAUAUAUUCAAGAUCUCAGCUCCAAGACACGCUUCGACAUUAGCUUGUUAGAGCCUUGUAAAAGCGAAAUAUGUAAAGCCAUCUAUGGCACAGGAAACCCUGACAUAUCUGGCAUUGGAGUCGCUGUUGGUUACGUUCUUGAGAUCACUUUGAGCAUCUUUCUAUCUCUUGCAGUCAUCACUCUCAAGCGGAGUGGCAACAACAGUCAAUGGUAUCUGGUUGUAAGGACCGGUCUCGGAGUAUUCUUCGAUUCUGCUGCAUACUUUGCCUUGUCACUACAGCUUGCUACCAUUGCUGUGCUCGUCCGAAAAGAUUAUGGCAUCAGCACCGCCGACUUGGGUGCUAUCGAAGCUCGAAUAUCUCAAACCGUGGCCGUUGUCUGCAUGAUGCCACUUCUGUAUCCUGUUGCUCUGUUAGAGCCAGUGGCGAGGACAGAUUCGAGAGCCGAUGUCAAGCACAACGCGAGGUUAUUGCUACUUAGUUUGACCGUUGCGCUUUCGUUCUACCCCUUCUUGUCAAGGUGCAUACAUGCUUUUGAUGUGAGUCCGAUUGGCGAGGGUAAAGGCUCGGAGGUAUCGCCAAAUGCCUGGAAGGCUGUGGAAGAGAUGUGCUUUCCUGGGCGGACGAAAACAUACAAAUCCUUAGAUGGUCUCGAGUUGACCGCCUCUUUGAUCACAUACAUGUUCACAUUCUGGCUCCUCGCUGGCCUUCCUGGGAUAUGUCACGACUAUGACAGGAAAGGAAAAGGCGCCCAAGUACCAGAAGAGAGAGCCUCUUGGCGUGGACGAGUCAACCAGUGGUUUAGUGACAGGCCACUCGCUGCCGUCAUGCCUCUUUUUGUGGUUGUUGGCCUAGCUGUCCCGCUACUAUGGUUGAUCUUCACACUAAGGAGGGUUCAGGAAGAAUUGACAGAAGACAUGGAAGGAGAGUACGAUGGAAAUAAUUGGGGCUUUGGGCAGAUUGUGUCCAUUGUAUUGUUUGUCCCUGUUUGGGUCGAAAUGGCAUAUUGGUGGAGGUUUGGGGCGGCAUAUGGACAGGAUGACUGAACAACGUUUGGAAGACAGGUGCCUCUAUUCUUUCUUAAAAUCCGUGCCACGGAAAUCUAUUUAUUUACCAUGCCAGAACAUCGUCAGCCUCCGGGCACUC